CGAUCGAGUUUUCUAUACAGACGCUAGAGAUGUGGGCGAACGUCUUAUAUCUCUUUUUGGUAUUCGCUUUUACUACGGCUCGGCAUCCCGAGGUGUCGACAGUAAGGCAGAACUUGCCUGACAUCAACCCUGCUGAAUUUAAAUCAGAAUAUUGGUAUAACGAGGCGAAAGCCGGCAUCGAGAAACGCAGAAGAAGUGACCCUGAUCAGAAUGUGGCCAAGAAUCUAGUCUUGUUCAUGGGAGACGGUAUGUCGGUGCCGACCCUUGCUGCGGCGCGAACUUUGAAGGGCCAGCUAGCGGGCAACACUGGAGAAGAAGAGGAAUUGUUCUUUGAGGGUUUCCUUGGAGUUGGUUUGGUCAAGACUUACUGCGUGAAUCACCAAAUAGCUGACUCGGCGUGUACAGCGACCGCCUACCUCUGCGGCGUGAAGAACAAUUACGGCACCACUGGAGUGACGGCGGCGGUUGCCAGAAGAGAUUGCAACGCCUCCCUCGUAGAAGCCAAUAGAGUGCAGUCUAUCGCCGAAUGGGCACUAGCUGAUGGCAGGGAUGUUGGCAUAGUGACGACCACGCGAGUGACCCAUGCGUCACCAUCCGGCACCUAUGCUAAGAGCGCCGACAGGCACUGGGAGAACGAUGCUGAAGUACUGUCAGACUCUCAGGACCCAGAAAGAUGCAUUGAUGUUGCCCGACAGCUAGUUUAUAUGAACCCUGGCAAGCAGUUUAAGGUUAUUCUGGGCGGUGGAAGACGAGAAUUCAUUCCAGAGAGUAUGAUAGACGAAGAAGGCACUCCAGGCAGAAGAACUGAUGGCCGAAACCUAAUUAAUGAUUGGCAGCAAGAUAAAAUUGAUCGCAAGUUGUCACAUGCUUAUGUGUGGAAUGCAGAACAAUUGAGAAGUCAAUUUGAAUCCCCACCUGAAUAUUUAUUAGGUCUCUUUGAGGGUACUCAUAUGAACUACACUUUAGAAGCAAAUAAUGAUACAGAACCCACUCUCGAGGAGAUGACUGAAUUAGCAAUUCGUAUGUUGAGUCGAAACAAGAAAGGAUUCUUCUUGUUUGUAGAAGGUGGUCGUAUAGAUCACGCUCACCACGAUAAUUAUGUGCACCUUGCUCUCGAUGAAACAUUAGAGUUUGAAAAGGCUGUUAAAAAAGCGACAGAACUAUUGCCUGAAGAUAAUUCUUUGAUUGUUGUGACAGCCGAUCAUUCCCAUGUUAUAGCGUUCAAUGGAUACACAGUCCGUGGCACUCCUAUAGUUGGUAUAUCUGAUGAAAUUGAUAGUGACAGAAUGCGGUUCAUGACGCUUUCUUACACGAAUGGUCCAGGUGCCCGCAAGCAAGUUGAUGGUAUUCGGGAUGACAUUAGGGAAGAUAGUGAUUUCGGUCAGUUAAGAUGGCGUUCACAUGCCGACGUGCCCCUGGUAGAUGAGACCCACGGGGGGGACGAUGUGGCGGUCUUCGCGCGAGGCCCCCAUUACAGGCUUUUCACUGGUCUUUAUGAGCAAAGUCAGAUACCGCACCUCAUGGCGUAUGCUGCCUGCAUCGGCCCUGGACUACAGGCAGAAGGUUGCAAUGGAGCUAACACUGUUCAUGUGACCGCCAUCUUGAUUGUGAUCACAACUGCUGUUAAAAUCUUAUUUCUCUAAUAGUUUUAAGGAUAGUAGGAUAGAUAGGAUAGUAUACACUCCACAGCUUUUUUCGUUUUAUUCGUAAUAUUUUGUAGAUAUAUUGUUGGGAUAGUAGAAUAAAAAUAUCAUAUGUACCUAUAAUGAUUUUGCGAUGCAUUAAUUAACUUGCUGUGUAAUAAAGACCGUUGAAAAAAGUUUUCUUCCUUUAAAAAAU